AUGGCAACAGCGCAUCCACCAACCUUAGGUCCUGCAGGUUCAGGUCACCAAAUCGCACACACGCUCGGUGCUACAGUCGCUUCAAACACUCAAGGCUUUCCCGACAGGGCCUCGGACACUGAAGAAGUAUCCGACCACAGUAAUCUUAGUGAUGGGGGUGUUGAUACUGAAAGCGAAGCCAGUGAAAACGAGAUCAGCGAGGAUGAAGAUACUGACGACGUGGAAGAAGAGGAUAGCGAUAUCGAAGAUGAGAUUGAUAGUGAAUCUGGACGUACAAGUGAUGGCGAAGACAAGUCCUUAGAUGACAGCGACGUUGAGGACAGCGGCCAUGGUCAAGCUUCGGACGAUGAGGAUUCUGAGAUUGGCAACGAAGGCGAGGAGGAUGAGGAUAGUGAGGGGACACAGCAGCAGAUUCAGAUGCAGCCAGUCGGUUACCCUCUACAAGAUUCUUUCCCUUCUGAGGCACCAAGACAACAGUUGCGAGAAGCAAGCCAGCGCCAAGUUGUUCCUGUUGAAGAUAAUAGAGUUCGAGCUACCUCUCAAAUCCGCCAAACAUCCAUAGAAAAUCCUCAAGCGAUCAAUCAGCCACAGCAGCAACCUGACCAACGUGAAAUGCUGGGAGGACAGCAGUUCCAAGAACAGCAAUACAUGCAAUUGAUGCAGCAGAAGCAGCGCCAAGAGCAGGAUACAUUUGCUUCAGAGUCUAGAAGGAUGCAAGAAGGGGAAACAGAAGAAGAUGACGAAGAAACAGAGGAAACUGAGGAAUACGAAGGUACUGAUGAUGAUGACGAUAUAGUUUUAAGACAAGCGUUUCAAGCAGAGCCAUGCGAAGCAACAACACAAAGGCAAAUACAAGUGCAGAAUCAGACAUUGAGGCGACAACGCCAGGAGCAGAUGAGUGCCGCCGUGGCAAAGCAAGCUCUAGAUGAAAGAAUGCCACAAAGAGAAGAGGAGCGACACCAAGUACAGCAACGUCGAAUCCAAGCACAAAGACAGGCAAUGGAUCAGCGGAAGCAAGCACUAGAAGAGGAAGAAUACGAGGAAGACGAAAAAUACGAGGAAGACGAAGAAUACGAGGAAGAGGAAGAGAAAAUAGAGUCAACGGCAGGGCAAGAGGCUACACAGGUAGUGGCCGGCCAAAUUGCGCAGCAGGACGAAGAAUACGAGAGAUCUAAAUGGGAAGUUCAGAUGCAGCAAGCGAUGCAGAACAAGGCCAAUGACGAACUUGCUGCCAAGGACGCGGAAGAAUUGGCCGCCCAGGAAGCUGCUGACGAAGAGGAACAGCAAUGUGUCCGACAAGAACAGCAACAGCUGGAAGAAGAACGGAAAGUACAAAAUGCUGCAAACAAAGCCGAGCAAAAACGGGUUACAAACGAAGCUAAACAGCUUGCCAAGCAAGAUAAAGAUGCAAAGGAAGCUGAAGAAAAGGCGCUAAAGGAUGAACGGAAAGCCGAAGAGAGGGUGCAAAAGGAUGAACAGAAGGCUGUCGACCGUGAGGAACGUGAAACCCGUCGACAAGAGGACCUAGAGGCCAAAAAAGAGAGAAAAGCCGAAGAGAGUGUGAAAAGGGAUGAACAGAAGGCUUUCGACCGUGAGGAACGUGAAAACCGUCGACAAGAGAAUCUAGAGGCCAAAACAGAGAGAAAAGCCGAGGAAGCUGAGCAGAAAAGAGCGCAGCGCGGGAUAGACAAUGAUGCCAAGAAGGAGAAGAGGGCGAACGAUCUAGAGAUGAAGACGACACAGGCAGAAGAAAGACGAGAUCGCAAUGCAGAGGAAGCAACCCAGCGGCAACAGCAACAAGAGAUAGACCGAGAAGCUCGCAAAGCUGAAUGGGAACUCCAGUCGGCCGAUAAAAUCCAACAGGCACAGGAGAAAGCUGAUCGUAAAACACUGGAGGCUACUCAGCGUCUCGAGGAGCGGACCAUGAUGCAAGAAGCUAGAAAGACUGAACGAGAAACCGAUAUGCAGAUGCGAUUGACUGAGAAGCAGACUAAGAUAGAUGUAAAGGCUGCCGAAGCCGCACAUCGUCUUGAAGAACGUGCUAUGGAGCAAGAGGAAAAGAAAGCUCAGCGGGAAGACAAGGUGCAGCAACGCCAGAUAGAACUAGAUGAUAAGAGGACUAGACGAGAGACUGAAGCUGAAGACAAGAGACUCAGAAAGGAGGCCGAAGAAGAAGAUAGAGCGCACAAAAAAGAGGCUGAUCGUGAGAGGAAGAUUCAGCAACAAGAGGAUAGGCAGCGUAUGAGGGAAGAAGAGGAGGAGCGACGGAUAGAAGCUAACAGUGCCAUGGAAAGGCAGCAGAGAGCGCCGGCCCAGCAACCUCAUGCAGCCGGCGAAGGAAUGCACACUCCGCCGGCACCAAAAAAUCACGACGCGGUAUAUAGAGGCCAAAGCCGGCAAGGGUAUGGAGAUGACGGUCGUUUUCAACAAGAUCAAUGGAAUGGGAAUCAUAGCCAGCAACCAGAACACCCAGAUGCGCAGCACAGUGGUAGUUCCGCAGGUCAUGGACUUAAAGGCGAAAGCCAUCCAGGCCACGAGCAGAAUGGCAUGCAUGGUAAGCCCGGACCGGAGCAACAUGCGAAGGCAGAGCGGGAAGCACAGGAGAUGAACCUCAUGGCGAAGAAAAAGGCAGAGAGAUAUUUGAAGAAGGUGAUAAAAAAAGCCGAGGCUAAGCAAAUCUCCAAAAGUCCCAAUGCUCAAGACACAGACAGCAAGAACGGUAAAGAUGGAGAUCAAAGCACCAUUGAAACCCAUAUUAGAAUAGAUCAAGUAUUCCUAUUGGAGAAACGAGCAAACAGAAAAGCAGCAAAGAAAGACGCCAAUAUUCAACAACAGGGUAUAGUGAAAGUGGCCAAGGACGGCACAAACAGCGAGCAGGAAGGUAGGAUUCCACAACCUGCGGGCACAAAGGCAGAAAUAGAGCGAAGGCGAGUUGAGAGGAAAGCAGCGAAACAAGACAAGAAAGCUGCAAAGAAAGAGACCGACGUCCACAAGCAAGUUACUAGGCCAGUUGCCAAAGAUGAUAGCACGACUAUGGAUCAGAAAGGCGCCGAAGAUCAAGUCAACGGAAAGCAGGAUGUGAAAGAAAGCGCAGCAAUCAACCAGAAUGGUGCUGAUGAGCAAGCCAAGGACGAACGGAGCCUAAAAGGACCCGCGAGCGAGGACAUCAUCGCAGAGAAGAGGGCCGAGAAAAGAGCUAAGAAAGAUUUGAAAGACACUGAACAGAGAGAUGGUAACAUCGAUGAGUCUAAGCUGGUUAGCAAGAACGCUAUAAACACAGACCCCAAAGCCACCAAAAAGAAGGCCAACGAGGAAAAAAAGGAGUUGGAUGCAAAGAAGAAGGCUGAAGCGAAGGAAACAGCUUUGAAGUUGAAAUUGGCACACAAAGCCGAGAAAGCCGAUAAGAAGAGUGCUGAGAAAACUAAUCACGAAGCUAGUUCAGAUACCAACGGGCAUACGAUAGACAAAGAUGCGAAGAAACAUACCGAAAAGUGUGAAGACACUAGCACCGAUAAAGCUGGCAAGGAGGCCAAGAGAGCGGAAAAGGCACGACAGAAGCUUGAAGCAAAGCGGCUCGCAUCCGAAAGGAAAUCAAUGGACAAAGAAGAGAAACGCAAGCAGGAGUCGAUCGCAGAACAUGAGGCAGCUGAUACCAAGGAUAGUGACAAGGAGGAGAAAAAAAGACAAAAGCUUGCAGCAAAAGAUGCGGCCAAAGAAGAGAAACUCAAGCAAGAGACUGCGGAAAAGGAAGAGAAGUCGAAACAAAGAGCUGCAGCAAAAGAGGCAGCUAAGGAAGAGAAGCUCAGGCAGAAGGCCGCAAAGAAAGAAGAGCGAACAAGACAAAAGCUAGCCGCCAAGGAAGCCGCGAAAGAAGAGAAGCUCAAGCAGAAGAUGACUGCCAAACAAGAAGACACUGGACGAAAGGAGCACGACAAGGAAGAGAAACUUAAGCAAAAAGAAAUCGCCCACGACCAAGCUGCCCAGCAGAAGGAACAAGACAAAGCUGCGAAAGCCCUGAAGAAAGAGCAAGACAAGGCUCUCAAAGCCCAACAGAAGGAAAGAGACCAAGCAGCAAAAGCUGAGCAGAAACAUAGAGACCAGGCUGCAAAGGCGCAACAGAAGGAGAUGGAUAAGGCAGAGGCGCAACAGAGAAAGCAGCAGGAAAAGGUUGUUGCAGCGCAAAGAAAGGAAGAGGAGAAGAUUGCAAAGCAGAGGGAACAUGGAAGGGAGAAGGCCAUGGCUUCUCAGAGGAAAGAGGCUGAGAAAAUAGCUGCGAAGAGUGCUCCGAAACCGACGGCAGGGCAUACGGCGGCUGCACCGAGGAGGGCUGCUCCUGCGAGGAGGCGGAGGUAG